AGGGUUGAGAUUCCGAUCUCAAUGUCGAUCAACGUCUUCAAAACCUCCGUUCCAGACGUCCCACUCUUCUUCACCAUGUUCCUAAUCAUCUACCUCGUCGCCUACCUCAUCGUCUUCCGCAAUUGGAAACCACAAAUCCGUCCCGAAGCUUCAAGCUGUCUAAUCUCAAUCUUCCACGGAACUCCCGCAGUCUUCCUCGCCUCACGCGCCGUCUUCUCCUCCUCCUCAGGCUUCUCCUUCUCCUCGGCUAACACCGCCGCUCAGAACACCGUCCUCGAUUUCAGCGUCGCCUACUUCCUCACCGAUCUCCUCCACUACAUCGUCUUCUACCCUAGCGACGUCCUCUUCAUCGGCCACCACGUAGCUACUCUCUUCGUCUUCAUCACAUGUCGCUUCCUCGUCUCCCACGGAGCCUGCGCCAUAUUAGGGCUCCUGAUCCUCGCUGAGGUCACCAGCGCGUGUCAAAACGCGUGGACACUCGCCGGAGCGAGGAAGAGCGAUCCGGAGUCUAGAUUGGCCGUCAAAGUGUAUGAUCUCUUGUCCCCUCCGUUUUACGCAUUCUACAGUGUCGUUAGAGGAGUGUUGGGACCUUUGUUCUUUGGGAAGAUGGUUGCUUCUUACGCUAGAGGCGAAGCUAACGGCGUGAUACCUAACUGGCUGUGGGUUUCUUGGGCUGUUGUUGUUGGAACUGCUAUUACUGUUAGUAUACUUUGGAUUUGGAAUCUGUGGAUAGAAUUGUUUAGAGAAAGGAAGGCUAAAAAAUUAGGACAAGACAAGAAGGUUAGAUAGUUUUGUCAUGAUCAUUUGUUUUGGCCUUCUUUUAUGUACUAUAUUAUUAAUAAUUGAUUUGCUUCUGGAUGAGAAGUAUGUGCAGUUGCAGUUUUAAUUCAUGUGUGUUACAUUCUCUGCAUGAUUCAGAAGUUUGUGACAUUCAUUGGUCUUGGUCAAGUUUUUUUCUACAUCUCUCUUGGUUUGUAACUGUGCCAGACGCAGCGUGUAAGGUAUUAGAAUGGGGUUGUUUUAUAAGUUUGCCAUUCUUGGUGAGCUAUAAUAUGAUUAUGAACUAGUA